GUGAGUUUAGUCUGUUGCCUGAGGGUAUAGAAAUCACACAUAGCUUGCUGGUUGGAGGGAACAAAGCAAGGAGUUUUGGUUUGUUUUCUGGGUGUUUUUCUCUGUGGUUAGAUAUUACAGGAGAAAUGAAGAUGUGCAAAACUAUACUUCCUUGUAUUCUAUUACUGUUCGAUUUAGGAGAUGUGAUGGCAGUGGAAGAGAACAUCACUGAGGCGACCGUCCCAGACACGACGGGGAAGACGACGGUAGCGCCCGUCACGGAGGCGACCGUCCCAGAGACGAUGGGGGAAACGACGGUGGCCAUAGUGCAUAAGGACAACAAUUUAGUCAACCUGCCUUUGGGGCCAGAGAAAGAACAGCAAUUAUCUGGACUAGAUUUAGGAGAUGUGAUGGCAGUGGAAGAGAACAUCACUGAGGCGACCGUCCCAGACACGACGGGGAAGACGACGGUAGCGCCCGUCACGGAGGCGACCGUCCCAGAGACGAUGGGGGAAACGACGGAGGUCAUAGUGCAUAAGGACAACAAUUUAGUCAACCUGCCUUUGGGGCCAGAGAAAGAACAGCAAUUAUCUGGACUAGUGAUAGGACUCAGCAUUUCCUUUGGGAUCCUCCUUAUUUGUGGUGUCAUUAUUUAUUGCUGUAUAUGGAAAAAGUCAAGAAAAAGCUCAUUUGACUUGAACUCAGUAGAAGUAACUAUUCCCUUAAAUCCCAUUGAAACAAAAGAACCAAGCUAAGGUGGGCAGAAGAAAUGAAAGCACUCUCACUUAAUAGCCAUUCAAGAACAUCUCACAAAAAGAACUAAUAUGGCUGAAUAUUCAGAGAGAUUAAAAUGGAUUGGAAAAAUUCAAAGAAAUCUACUUAAUCACAGAAAAUGGCACUCUCAGUAGUGUAAACUUCUUUUUAAAUGGCACAUUUUGGUGUGUUCCUGAAUCUAGUCACAGUAAUAAGCAGAUGUUCAUUGGUGCUGGCUGCUACAAAUCUUUAUUCAUUGCCUGUUCCUUUUUGGUUGUGGAAAAAAGCUCACCUUACUUUAAUAUAGUUCUCUAAGGGCCAAAUUCCAUCAUUUAGGUACAAAUCUGCACCAGCAUAUGAGGAACGGGGGGAGGCAUAAUCCCUCUCCUAGUUCUCUAGCAUGCAGAAGAAGCAUGCCAUGACCCUUCUCUUCCUGCCCCUGCCUGCUUCCUUUAGGGGAUUCGUGGCCCUGAGGGUGCACAGCAGGAGGGAGACACAGAGGGGGGCAGUCCCUGUGCUUCCCUGAGUAUAGGAACUGGGGUCUUUCUGGGCCCUUAUGUGGAGCCCCUAAGGAGUGCAGAGAAAACUCCUUACGCCCCCUGCUCCCACCGAUUCAUCUGCCCAAAAGCCUCUGACAAUCUAGUCCCUAAUUAUUUGUACAUAGCUUGUUUUUUAAUAAAUGACCUAAGUAAAAGUGAGUCUCAGCACAAUGUAUUGCUAUUAAAUGCAAAAAUGAUGCUGAUGUACUGCUAAGAUUGAAAUGUAAUCCUCACUAAAAUCAGAAAAUGUAAAGUUAAGGGACCAGAGCCUCAGCUGGUGCAAACUGACAUAGCUUCCUUGGCUUCAUUGGAGCCAUACUGAUUAACACCAGCUGAAGAUCUGGACCCAGGUUUCCAGAGACACUUUUGCACAAUAGGGAUUUUUAUCAUCUAAUCAUAACACUUAUAUAUGCAAUAACACAAAACAUUAUAUUUGUUCAUCAAGUGUUAUAAAAUAAUGUGUAGUUUUAACAUGGAAGCCUACGAUCCUGUAUACUAUGUUUACAGUUUUACAAACACAAUGUAAGAAAACAAUGCAGCUUAUUUCCGUGGUAUGAAGUUAUUUGCUAACUAGUGUUACUGCAAUCAGGGCUGUAUGAUCCUAGACGGAAAAACCCUUUUGUAAUAUAUAGGCCUGUCUGCUUUUCCUCUCACACCAGUAUAAAUCAAGAAUUUCUUCACCAGAGCUAAUGAAGAUACACCUGUGCAAAAACUAGUAUAAAUGCAUAAUCAGACCACUAAAUGUGCAAGCUUUAAAUUGGAGACUCUUUAGAGUAGAAAUUGUGGUUUUCUUUUAUCUCAUUCAGCCCCUGUGCUUAACAAUAACUAUAAUCAAUAAAAAGGUGACAGUUAAGGUUGGGAAUCUUGCAUUUCCUGAAUUUCAUAGUACAGUCUAAGGGCCCUGUUCCACUACUCUACUCUGAGUGGGUAGCACUUAUUUACUUACUGAUGUCAAUGGAACAACUCAUGUGAGUAAGUACUAUGCAAUGUGAGUGCAGAAUCCAGCACUUAGUAGUCGCAUGCUUAAGUCUCAGUAUACUAUGUAAAGUUGGCAUAUUAAUAAAGUGGCAAGGUGAGGCAGCAUGACCCAGUGGGUAUGGUACUAACCCAGCAUUUGGGAGACCUGGAUUCAAUUCCUUGUUCUACCACAGACUUCCUGUGUGGCCUAUAGUCAAGCUAUAGUUUAAUCUCUCUAGGCCUUAGUUCCCGGUAUGUAAAACAGGAGUAAUAGCAAUUACAAGGAUGUUGUGAGGAUAAAUACCUUAAAGAUUGAGGUGCUCAGGUAACAGGUGCUUUUGCAAGUACCUUAUCCAGAAAAUCUAAUCAUAGGUUUUGGCCUGUUUCCAAAUCUGCUCAGGCAUGAUAUCUUCCUUCUUAAUAAUAAUACGGAAUUGAGUUAUAUUAGCCUUCAACCAGUAAUCAACAUUCUAUGAGGAUGCAAAAUCUUAAGUAUAGAAGUUCCUUGCAUGAGGGGAAGAGAAGAUGAAAGCUAGUUCAGCACCAUUAAGGGAAAAGGGAAUUUGCCAUUGACUUCAGUGGAUCCGGAUAAGACUGAUCACACAGAAAGGUAAUUGAAAAUGCUGGCCACUUUUUUUCCUAUGUGCUUAACAAAUGAGAGCUAAAAUCUUGCUUUUGUGUACACAUGAUCUGAGUUAAGGAUGAGCUCAUUACAAGAAUUCUGUUUCAUUCCAGUCUUGCUAAAAACUGCAAUUAUAAUUAUAUUUUCAUUUCCACAAAAAGAAUAAUAAACUCUGAAUUUUGGAAGAGCAAUCUAUAAUUUUGUUUUGCUUGAUAUAGACAUAGUCUGCAGAUUUCAGGGUAUUUUGUUAAAGAAAUGUCAUAGUUAAUUUGGAUUAAUUGAAAGUUAAGCAUAUGCUUAAAUGCUUUACUACAUUUUAUUGCCCUGCAUGGUUCUAUAGUGCUGGUUGAAUGUUGCAGAAGCAGGCUCAAAGAUAUUUGUUCAUGCGCCAGCAGUUCAGGUCAGCCAUAUUUAUGCCCUUUUUUUAUUUGCUGUUCCUUAAUACUUGUGUGAGUGGUAUUUUCCUUUUGCAAAUGUUUGUGGAAUGGCUGUAUUUGUGUGAACAAUAUUAUUUGUGUUCUAACAGGAGUAUUUGUUAUUCAA